AAGUAGUGAUCUAUCGUCAUCAAGCCAUCGCAUAAAACGUAAACAAAACUCUGCCGGCGGGUGAAAAUCUUGUAGUUUUCAUUGAAUAGUAAUUAAUUAAUUAUUUCAAAUGCCAAACUGGAAUCAAAUACAGUCGCAAUUGCGAAGCUCUAAUAACCCUGUCGUUUUUUUCGACAUAGCCGUAGGAACAACGGAGAUCGGACGAAUGAUAUUUGAAUUAUUUGCGGAUACAGUGCCGCGCACAGCCGAGAACUUUCGACAGUUCUGUACGGGCGAGUACCGGCCGGAUGGCGUUCCCAUCGGCUACAAGGGCGCCAGUUUCCACCGGGUUAUCAAAGACUUCAUGAUCCAGGGCGGCGAUUUUGUGCAGGGUGACGGCACCGGCGUUACGAGCAUCUACGGGAGCACCUUUGGCGACGAGAACUUCACCCUGAAACACGACUCGCCCGGACUACUGUCCAUGGCGAAUAGUGGCAAGGAGACCAACGGCUGUCAGUUCUUUAUUACCUGCGCCAAAUGCAACUUCCUGGACGGCAAGCAUGUGGUUUUCGGUCGUGUCCUGGACGGCCUGCUCAUAAUGCGGAAGAUCGAGAAUGUGCCCACGGGUCCCAACAACAAGCCAAAACUGCCAGUGACGAUAUCGCAAUGCGGACAGAUGUAGCAAAGUACUGAUUGUUGUAAUAAAGUUUCUAUUAUGUCUUUGUAAA